ACUACAACCUUUCUUUUUCUGUCCCGCCCGCUAGGUAAUUACUAGUACCUUGAGGACCGGGCUUGCUGGUUUGCCAUUCUGAUUUCUCUCCUCCUCCCCCUCCUCAUCUAACACUUUCACUCUUUACAAGUACUUGUACGAUGGCUUAUGUGAAACGGCACUGAUCUCUCUGCAGUCGCUCUUGUUCCACCCGCCCACGCCUCCCUGAAUCGAGGAUUAUCGGAUAACUCACGAAUCCGCAGCCUGGCCGUUCUGGGUAGGAAGGGGCUAUUUGUUGCGGCUGUCCCUUGUUCGGCUUGUUUGCUUUUUUUUCUUUUUCCUUCCCCCCCCCCCGAGUUACUAUUAUUCCUUUUUCCUCCCCCCUCCCCACGUUUCGUGGUGCAUACGAGUGACCUCACCUAAAAGGGAAAGUGUAGGGCUUCAGCUGUGAGCAGCAACAUCAGACGAGAACGAGGGGCUGGGUUAGAGUUUGGACCACACUUGCCUGUGUGUCAUCCGGGUCAGGUAAGGUUGCUUUGCUCCUUUUCCUUGUGUCGCACUGUGAGAGUAGGAGCGCACCCGGGACCCGCUCUACUGUACUAGUAGGGGAAAGGUAGGGCCCAGCUGUCUAUAAGUUGGGUUCCCGGCCUCGAGCACUGCGGGGCCUCUUUUUGUUGUUGUUCGCCCCACUCGUUGCUUUGAUAUUCGCCAGUUGUACCACCUUGCUUCUCUGCGCUCCAAGCACUUCCAUUGUACUCGUACAGGGCACCUUCCACUACUGCUAACUCGGGCUGGUGUCUGGUUCCAAUCUCCGCCAGCGCCUCAAAGGGUAGAUAAAUACCUCCGGCUCAACCCCCCCUCCUCCAUUCCGGCCUCGUUAUCCUCUCCUGGGUACAUUGACACUCCCGCAACCUUGACGUUUGCAUGCCGUUACGAAGAACCACUACUAUCACGAACACGAUGCGUACCACACUAUUUCGGCUCGCAGCAGUUAGUCUGUUUGCUACACUUACGAAUGCUCAGACAUUUACGCAAUGUAACCCUAUGCUGAAGUGUAUGUGGAACCCGCUGGACGCAAUUGCCGGGAACCCUGGACUGAUAAGAAUCGUAUAACAGCCUGCCCUCCUGAUCCUGCCCUUUCCGGAGUGUACCAGCAUACCUAUGGCGGGGAAGCGCCCAACUUCAAUUAUUUGUCGAGCAAGGAUUCCGUCAAGUAUGGAGGAAAGGAUGGAGCCGUCUUCAGAAUUGCAAAACCGAAGGAUGCGCCGACAAUUGUCAGCAGCUUUUACAUAAUGUGGGGUAGAUAUGAGGUUGUCCUGAAGGCAGCCCCAGGUGCCGGUAUCAUCUCUUCGAUAGUCCUCCAGUCGGAUGACCUUGACGAAAUCGAUUGGGUAUGUUGGUUCACCGGCUAUCACUCACUUGUUGGUGCGCAUGGUAUACGAAAGGGUUUCUGACAUCUCUUGUAGGAGUGGCUCGGCGGCAAGCCUGGAGAAGCACAGUCAAAUUACUUUGGGAAGGGGAAUACUGCCACCUACGACCGUGGUGCAGUCCACCCCAUCGACAGUCAGGCUAGGUUCCAUAAAUACGGGAUUGACUGGACCGCCGAGAAGAUCGACUGGUUGAUUGACGACGUCGUCAUCCGUACCCUUAAGCCCAACCAGGUCAAGGGUGACUUCUACCCCCAGACUCCCAUGACCGCUAGAAUCGGAUCAUGGGCUGGUGGAGAUCCCGACAAUGAGCAGGGUGUUAUUGGUUAGUCAUUUGCGAAGCAGUUCUGAUGGAUUUGGACUAAUAGUGAUUCAGAAUGGUCCGGGGGACCAACCGAUUUCACCAAGGGGCCAUUUGACAUGGUUAUCCAGAGCAUCUACGUUCGAGACUACUCCACGGGGAAGGAAUACGUCUACUCCGACAAGUCUGGAUCCUCCGCCUCUAUCAAGUCCAACGGUGGCAGCAUAAUGGGAGGAGGAACCAGCCCGGGAACCCCUAACUUGUCAUCUUCUUCGUCCUCGUCCGUGGCCCUAUCAUCUGGCUCCUCCGGCUCAACAUCGUCCUUCAAUGCCCCGUCCAACAGCGGCCGUCUCUCCUCAACUACCAGCAAAAGUGAGCCCACCCCGACCAACGGAUCAUCCGGCCCCAAACCGACUAACACCAACUCGGAGGCCACCCAAAAACCACCUUCGCCAUCCUCACCGCCAUCCUCACCGCCAUCCUCGUCACCAUCUGGUUCUCCUGAAACCCUUUCCACCGUUACGCGUGGGGCGGGCUUCGCCACUGGAAAUUCUACUGGACCCGCAGCACAAACAACCGCCGGAUCAAAUGCGUCUGCGCAGACUACGAGCACUGGCGCGCUCGCUUCCAACGGGUCUUCUAGAACCCCCAUUGUUGCGGGGAUAGCAAUAGCAUGUGCAGGGGUGGUUUCUGGGUGGCUUUUGUAGAUUUUUUUUUAGGGCUUCUUUUAUUAAUUGACUAGAGGGAUAGAAUUCGCCAUCUUUUUCCUCCCUUUUUCGUUUCUUCAUGUUAUCGGGAUGGCACGGGGUUUUUCUUUUUUCUUUUCUUUACUCUCCUUUGUCCAUCGGCAUUUUAUUUUCAUUUCCCAUCCUGAAGGUUAUGCAUAGCGAAUGAUUUUUAUUUUUGCAUGGGGCUUUAUUGCUUUCCCUCUCUCACACUCUUUUUCUGUUACAUACAUAUCCGUGUGGGCUGUGGAAUGGGUGGGGAGUGCAUUUUACAUGAUUGAAGAUGAACAUAAAGAUUGGAAUUAAUGUCGGGGGUUUUGUGGGCCUUGGAGACUUGAUUGCGAUGCCUGGGAUUUAAUUCGAAGAUGAAGUUAAAG